UCCCGAGCGGAAGCGCCUUGAGCGGAAGCGGAAGUCAGCGAGGCGGCGGUGGCGGCGGUGGAGGCGACUGGGACUGGGGUGUAGCGGGCGCGUCUGCGGCUGGUGCUGGCGUAUCUCUAGAUCCUUUCUGAGAGUUCAGUUAUGGGUGUGAGAGGCUUGCAAGGAUUUGUGGGAAGUACUUGCCCACAUAUAUGUACAGUAGUAAAUUUCAAAGAACUGGCAGAGCACCACCGAAGCAAGUAUCCUGGAUGUACCCCUACCAUUGUGGUUGAUGCCAUGUGUUGUCUUAGAUACUGGUAUACUCCAGAAUCUUGGAUCUGCGGUGGCCAGUGGCGAGAAUACUUUUCUGCUUUGCGAGAUUUUGUUAAAACUUUUACGGCGGUUGGGAUCAAGUUAAUAUUCUUCUUUGAUGGCAUGGUGGAGCAGGAUAAGAGAGAUGAAUGGGUGAAACGAAGGCUUAAGAACAACAGGGAGAUAUCCAGGAUUUUUCAUUACAUCAAGUCACACAAGGAGCAGCCAGGCAGGAACAUGUUCUUCAUCCCCUCGGGGCUGGCUGUGUUUACGCGAUUUGCUCUAAAGACACUGGGCCAGGAAACUUUGUGUUCCUUACAGGAGGCAGAUUAUGAGGUGGCUUCCUAUGGUCUCCAGCAUAACUGUCUUGGGAUUCUUGGGGAAGACACUGAUUACCUAAUUUAUGACACUUGUCCCUACUUUUCAAUUAGUGAGCUCUGCCUAGAGAGCCUGGACACCAUCAUGCUCUGCAGAGAGAAGCUCUGUGAGAGUCUGGGCCUCUGUGUGGCCGACCUUCCUCUUUUGGCCUGCCUCCUUGGCAAUGACAUAAUCCCAGAGGGCAUGUUUGAGAGCUUCAGAUACAAAUGCUUAUCAUCCUACACCUCUGUAAAAGAGAACUUUGACAAAAAAGGUAACAUUGUAUUAGCUGUGUCAGACCAUAUAUCGAAAGUUCUUCACUUGUAUCAAGGUGAGAAAAAAUUAGAAGAGCUAUUACCUCUGGGACCAAACAGAGCUCUUUUUUAUAAAGGAAUGGCAUCGUAUCUUUUACCAGGACAGAAAUCUCCUUGGUUUUUCCAAAAACCCAAAAGUGUAAUAACUUUGGACAAGCAAGUUGUAUCUAUGAGUUCAGACCCUGAAUCCAGGCAAGAAGUUCCGAUGUGUACAGACCCUGAAUCCAGGCAAGAAGUUCCGAUGUGUACAGACCCUGAAUCCAGGCAAGAAGUUCCGAUGUGUACAGACCCUGAAUCCAGGCAAGAAGUUCCCAUGGGUACAGACCCUGAAUCCAGGCAAGAAGUUCCUAUGUGUACAGGCCCUGAAUCCAGGCAAGAAGUUUUAAUGUGGACGGACUCUGAAUCUAGGCAAGAAAUUAUCAUGUAUACAGGCCAUGAGUCCAAACAGGAAGUUCCUGUAUGUACAGAUCCUAUAUCCAAGCAAGAAGAUUCCAUGUGUACACACCCUGAAAUCAAUCAAAAAUUACCUGUAGCAACAGAUUCUGAAUUUAAGCUUAUGUGUACAAAUCCUGAAAUUAAACAAGAAGACUCUGCCAACGUGGGGCUUGAAAUAAAGCAACAAGUAACCAUGGUUUCAGACACUGAAAUCUUAAAGGUUGCUAGAGCACAUCACGUCCAAGCAGAAAGCUACCUGGUGUACAACAUCAUGAGCAGUGGAGAGAUUGAGUGUAGCAACACCUUGGAAGAUGAGCUUGACCAGGCCUUACCCAGCCAGGCCUUCAUUUACCGACCCAUUAGACAGCGUGUUUACUCACUCCUACUGGAGAACUGUCAAGAUGUCGCCAGCACCUGCCCGGCUGUCAAGGAGUGGUUUGUGUACCCUGGGAACCCACUGAGGCACCCGGACCUCGUCAGGCCGCUGCAGAUGACCGUUCCAGGGGGAACGCCUAGUUUGAAAACACUAUGGCUGAACCAAGAGCCAGAAAUACAGGUUCGGCGCUUGGACACACUCCUAGCUUGUUUCAACCUUUCCUCCUCAAGAGAAGAGCUGCAGGCCGUCGAAAGCCCGUUCCAAGCUUUGUGCUGCCUCUUGAUCUACCUCUUUGUCCAGGUGGACACUCUUUGCCUAGAGGAUUUGCAUGCAUUUAUUGCACAGGCCUUGUGCCUCCAAGGAAAAUCCACCUCGCAGCUUGUUAAUUUACAGCCUGAUUACAUCAACUCCAGAGCCGUGCAGCUGGGCUCCCUUCUCGUCCGUGGCCUCACUACUCUGGUUCUAGUUAACAGCGCGUGUGGCUUCCCCUGGAAAAUGAGUGACUUCAUGCCUUGGAAUGUAUUUGACGGGAAGCUUUUUCAUCAGAAGUACCUGCAAUCUGAAAAGGGUUAUGCUGUGGAGGUUCUUUUAGAACAAAAUAGAUCUCGGCUCACCAAAUUCCACAACCUGAAGGCAGUCGUCUGCAAGGCCUGUAUGAAGGAGAACAGACGUAUCACUGGCCGAGUCCACUGGGGCUCGCACCAUGCAGGGAGGUGGGGAAGACAGGGCUCCGGCUCCCACAGGACGGGCUCUGGGUAUAGCCGUUCUGGUCAGGGACAGCCGUGGCGAGACCAGGGACCAGGAAGCAGACAGUAUGAGCAUGACCAGUGGAGAAGAUACUAGUUGUCCUCCUGGUAAGUUCAUCACUUGCAUCUCCAGAAGAAAUCAGUUUCGUGUCUGUCUUUAUAAUGUAAAUCUUCCAUAUCAAGUACCAAAAUAAACAGAACUCAGAUACAGACUCCUGCUGACCUGGUGCUGAGUUAACUUGGUUUCAAGACACGUUUCCUUCCUCCAGGAAGAGUGUGGAGAGAAAAAGAGGUACACAUGGACGCAGAGCCCUGCCAGCACCCUCUUCUGCAUUGUAGCUGCAAGGAGACCAUGCCUGUGGGAGCCAGGCCUUGCUUGUGUUAAGAAGGAAAGAUGCCAUUUUCAGUGGCUUCUCCCUCCCAUUGUGCAGAAGAGCUUUUGUUGGCUUCUUUCCUGAGCUUGUGCCUGAUUCUGUGGACCAAAACAAUCAUUGUUAACAUCUUCAUGUAUUUUAUUCUGAUCUUUCAUAUAUAUGCUGCCUAGCUAAUUUCAUUUUACAAUAAAUGGGAAUCUGUUGUAUUCUG